UUGGUGCAGGGGAGGGCCGCCGAGACCAGCGCCGCGCUGCCAUGUCCGGGAGACUGUGGUCCAAGGCCAUUUUUGCUGGCUAUAAGCGAGGCCUUCGAAACCAGAGGGAGCACACAGCCCUUCUGAAAAUUGAAGGCGUUUACGCUCGCCAAGAGACUGAAUUCUACUUGGGCAAGAGAUGCGCGUAUGUGUACAAAGCUAAAAACAACACCGUAACUCCUGGUGGCAAGCCCAACAGAACACGAGUCAUCUGGGGGAAGGUGACCUGCGCCCAUGGAAACAGUGGCAUGGUUCGUGCCAAGUUCCGCUCCAACCUUCCAGCCAAGGCCAUUGGUCACAGAAUCAGAGUGAUGCUGUAUCCAUCAAGGAUCUAAAUUUUUAUUGAGAAUAAAAUGUAGAGUCUGUUCUUUCUUUCUUUCGGCCAUUAAGAGAUGCAAACACUUUGAACUGGGAGGAGACAAGAAGAGAAAGGGCCAGGUUAUCCAGUUCUAAGCUCCACCUGCUAUGGAACAUUAAAAUACGUUGAAACAGUC